UGAUUCUAAACCUGAUAAAAUCCUUAAAAUAAAUGUCUCCUUAGUGGCCCUUAGCAUUAUUGAGGUCUAUGGUUCAAACAAAACCUGACCCCCCCACGAGCUCUUUAUAAAUAAUACACGUACUCCCAAGUCCCACGCAGAGAAGUACAUACGCUGGCUAACUUAAUUAGCUUUUCAAGACAUCUAAUACCAUGGAGAGUUUGGUCUCCUUUCCUUUACAAGCCCUAGCUCUGGCCACUUUGAGUCUCGUGCUUCUCUAUGCUUCCUUCAAAAUGAUAAUCCAUCAACAUGAGCCCAACAAAUGCAACCGAAAAAAGAACAAUAUUACUAACAAAAUUUGCGUCCCUGAACCAUCUGGGGCUUUGCCAAUCAUAGGUCAUCUCCAUCUUCUCGGUGGUCAAGUCCCAGUGGCUCUAAUUCUCGGAGCCAUGGCCGACAAAUACGGCCCAAUCUAUUCACUCAGGCUCGGCCAACACCGAGCCCUGGUGCUGAGCAGUUGGGAACUCGUAAAAGAAUGCUUCACCACAAACGACAGACUCUUCGCCAACCGCCCAAGCAUAGCGGUAGGGAAGUAUAUAUUAUACGACAGCGCCGCCUUCGCCAUCUCGUCUUACGGCAAUUACUGGCGCGACGUCCGCAAGAUGGUCACUCUCCGGCUUCUGUCAAGCCACCGGCUUGAAUCGCUACAGCACAUCCGAACCUCGGAGUUUGGCUCGUUCAUCAAGGGCUUGUACUUCGAGUACACAAAAUUAGGGCCUCUGGCACCUCUGAGCGAGCUGUUGGAGCAGUUGACGUUUAAUUUAAACGCAAGGCUGAUCGUCGGCAAGCGGUUUAUCAAGAGCGCCGUCGGUGAUGCGGACACCGAUGCGCGGAGGUUCAAGAAGGCGAUAAAGGAGGCUCUGUACCUGAGUGGGGUAUUCGUGUGGUCGGACGCAAUUCCGUGGGUUGAGUGUUUGGACAUCCAUGGGCAUGUGAGCUCUAUGAAGCGCGUUUUUAAGGAGAUUGAUCUGGUGUUGGGGAAGUGGCUCGAAGAGCAUCGUCAAGCUAGAGAAGUACUUGAUGAUCAACGCAGUAAUGAUAAGAGUAGUAGCAAUGGUGAUGUUGAGAGGGACCUUAUGGACGUUAUGUUAUCCAGCAUUGAAGAGGACGAUGCUAUGUUGUCUUGUUAUAGCCGUGACACUAUCAUUAAAGCCACAGCAUUGAUUUUAAUCCUAACCGGAACAGAAAGCACAGCUGUUACACUCAUAUGGGCAAUCUCUUUACUAUUGAACAACCCAAGUGUGAUGAAGGCUGCUCAAAGGGAGUUGGACACCCACGUGGGAAGGGACAGAUGGGUUCAAGAAUCAGACCUCAGCAACCUCAAAUUCCUCGAAGCCAUUGUCAAGGAGACGAUAAGGUUGUACCCGCCAGGCCCAAUAACGGGGCCACGUGAGGCCACAGAAGAAUGUUUCGUCGGUGGCCACCAUGUCCCCAAGGGCACCCGCUUGAUUGUCAACAUAUGGAAAUUGCACCGGGACCCGCGCAUGUGGGCCGACCCGUGCGAGUUCCGUCCCGAAAGGUUCAUGACCACCCAUGAGGACCUCAACUUUAGAGGCCAGAAUUUUCAGUAUAUUCCUUUUAGUUCGGGUAGAAGAUCAUGUCCGGGGAUGACAUUUGGUUUGCUGGUGGUUGAACUGAUGCUGGCUAGUUUGGUUCAAGGGUUUGAAUUUAAAACCAAGGAUGAUAAGCCAGUGGACAUGCGUGAAGGACUAGGCAUUGCCUUACCAAAGCUAAAUUCUCUUGAUGUUUUCCUCUAUCCUCGCCUUCCCACGAAGCUCUACGAGUGCCUUUGAAGCAUCAAAUACUAGUUAUAUUUGCCAAUGUAUGCUACAUAAAAAUA